GAAUUCUGUCUGUCUGUUUCUGUACCAGUUCGAGCUGUCUAAGAAGCCAAAGCGAAAUGCCACGGUGCAUUGUGUAUGUUCUAUCUCUUAUCUCCUGUUCCCUUGUUCAAUUCUGGAAGCAAUUCCACGCGUGUAUCCAGUUCUAUGCAUGGCUCCUACAUGCGUCUGGACUGAGAUUCUUCGUGUUUCUCUAACUCAGAAAACUCAGGGGUGGUUCUAGAUGAUCCCCAAGUUUCAGGAAUUUCUUAAAGCUGUCCAACCUUUACUGCUCCCAGCUGCGCAAGAAAUAUCUGAACAUUCAGCAAGGCUUCUCUCCACAGUCCACACACAAAUAUGGAACUAGUCUUCCCACCGCUCCGAUGGCUGAUACUGCUACCUCCGGUCUUCCUCUGUGUUCUCCUCUCCUACCUGUACGCCAUCCUAUGGCUGAGACCAGAGAGGCUCAGGGAGAAACUGUGGAGCCAGGGAGUGAAGGGGCCCAAGCCUUCUUUCCUCUUUGGAAACAUAGUAGAGAUGAGGAGAAUCCAGAAGGAGCUGGCCAUGUCUGUCCAAGAACUGCAAGCAGGGACUACUGAUAAGUUCUCCUCGGAUUAUACAGCCACCCUAUUCCCCUACUUCCUCCAUUGGAGCAGAAUUUAUGGUUCCAUCUUCUUGUAUUCAACUGGGAGCAUACAAGUUCUGAAUAUGACAGAUCCUGACAUGGUGAAGGAGCUGGCCAAUUUCAAGUCUUUUGAUAUUGGAAGGCCUUUGUUCUUGCAAAAAGAGCGUCGGGCUCUUCUUGGCAUGGGAAUAUUGACAUCAAAUGGUGAGCUUUGGGCGCAUCAAAGAAAGGUGAUUGCACCAGAGUUCUUCAUGGACAAGGUUAAGGGCAUGUUGCACGUGAUGGUUGAAGCUGCAAUGCCAAUGUUGACUUCAUGGGAAAACAUAACUGGAAAGAAAGGGGGCAGUGCAGAGAUUGUGGUGGAUGAGUCCUUGAGAAACUUUUCAGCUGACGUCAUAUCGAGGACUUCAUUUGGAAGCAAUUUUGCUGCAGGUAAAGAGAUAUUCAACAAAAUUCGGCAACUUCAGAUUGCAAUGGCAGAGCAAAGCAUGCUUGGUGUUCCCGGAGUAAGAUACUUGCCAACAAAAACCAAUAGAGAAAUCUGGAGUCUGGACCGCAGCAUUCGUCGCCUCAUUUUGAAUGUAGCUCUGAAGCACGAGCAAGAUUCAGUCGCCUUGUCAACUAAGGAUCUCCUGCACUCUAUAAUUAAGGGUGCUAAAGCCCGCCACUUCGCUUCACAGACCCCAGAGGAUUUCAUCAUCGACAAUUGCAAGAACAUCUACUUCGCAGGGCAUGAAACAACCUCAACCACUGCUGCAUGGUGCUUGAUGCUUCUUGCUUCACACCCUGAAUGGCAGUCCCGUGCUCGAACUGAGCUAUUGGAUGUUUGUCAAGGGAAACCAAUAGAAUUUGACAUGCUGCGGAAGUUCAAAAUGAUAACAAUGGUGAUCCAGGAGACCCUUCGCCUGUACCCUCCAGCAGCGUUCGUGGCACGAGAAGCACUGAACGACCUAAAACUUGGCAGCCUCAACAUUCCAAAAGGAACCAACAUCAGAAUCCCAGUAGCACUGGCUCACCGGGAUCCUGUCCUCUGGGGUCCCAAUUCCGACAGGUUUGAUCCUGGCAGGUUUGCCAACGGCAUAGCAGGCGCCUGCAAGGCCCCUCAUAUGUACAUGCCCUUUGGUGUCGGUGCCCGCACCUGCGCCGGCCAGAACCUGCCCAUGGUUGAGCUCAAGGUUGUGCUAUCACUUCUGCUGUCAAAGUUUGAGUUUGCACUUUCGCCAAACUACGUGCAUUGCCCAGCGUUCAGACUGACCAUUGAGCCUGGGAAUGGAGUGCCUUUGAUUUUUCAGAAGCUUUACUAAACCAUGAUUCGUGUCGGUGUACACUACUGUAGAACUUUGUACCUCCCCUUCUUGUCUCAGUUAGGCUGGUCUGUACGACUGUGUGUCUUAAGGAAGAAUUGUUGGAACGUUACUCUAGCUUUA